GGCGCCGAGGGCGGGCUGUGAGUCAGUAAAUCUUGGUGACAGCUCGUGACCAUCUCCUUCCCAAGCUUCUGGGUGUCUGUCCCCUCAGGUCUUGUGGUCUUAGCUGUAAGGGGGAAGGGCGUGGGACGGUUCUGAUCUGACACUCUGGAGGAAGGAAGAGGCGCCAACUUCGACGGUGUGAGCACCGAGCGCCUUGAGAAGGAGUUACUGGAAGAAAUCCAUCUGAAGUGGUGAAUGGAGUUUGUUGUGAGACACAACUUGAACUGAAUGAUCAACUAGAAAAGCAAAUUGUCUCUCUAGAAGACAAAAUGGAAAAAAUCUGUGGAAAUCCUUCAGAUAGAUUGUCUUCCAUUUGUGUCUAUGAAAAAAUAUCAGUGGCUUACCACAAGACCAACAAUGAGUGCCUUACAUACUUAGCUGAAAUGUCUCAGGUCUCUGACUCAUACCAAGUUUCUAAAAGGCAACAGAUGGAUCAACUGCCUAGAAUGAAAAAGAAUUUAGUGAAAAUGAACUGCCCAACUAUUUUCCAGGAUGCCCUCCAAGUGAAUCAGUGUGGCACGCCCUGCCCUGACGUCAGCGUCAGAGCCCUGCAUCCAGAGUUACAGUGUCACUUUGGUGUAGCUCCACAUUUUCUUGCAAAGACUUGUGGAUGUUUAGCAGCAAGCAUCCCUGACUUCUACCCAUUAGAAGCCAGUUGUGACAACCAAAAUGAUGUCUCCAGACCAGGAAAGAUGGCCUCAAGAUUUUUAGCGCAGCCUGAGGCGAGGCGGUGCUUCCGCUUUCUCCUGGCUGAGUGUGGCAGUUCUACUAAGGCCUGGUGCUGUGACCUCUCCGAGUGCGGGACAGGGACUGGGCCUGGGGCUGUGGGAGAGCAGCGGGCCACUGACGGGGCUACCAAGGUCCCCCAGGGCACCCUGGACAGCCCCUCCCCCAGCCCAGAUCCGGCGGGGCCCCUUGGAGCAGCCUGCAGCCUCCCCAGGUGCUCAGUCCGCGGCUGCGUGGCCACUUUAAGGCGAGUCAGGGCCGGAGCGCCCACAGCUGCGGCCCGGGAGAGCCAUCAGCACCAGCUCUGCCCGGCGGCCGACUUGGCGGCUCCCUCGGCUGCGGUGAGGCUGCCCCAGGACCCGGUUCGUGGGCAACAGGCCAUGGCGGCCUCAAUUAUUGGCCCGAAGGGCGGUCGAGUCUCAGGCCAGGCAAAAAUAGACCUCUUAUUAGUUGGAGAUGUCACUGUUCAGUACCUGGCUGAUAUUGCCCAGAGAUCCUUUUCAAAUAUUGCAAAAGUCUUCGUAACCAUCAGGGAUGUGGAGGGGGCAGCAGCACUUCUGGAAGAUUGUGCCUUUGACGUGGUUUUCUUGAAGAUGACUUCUUUACCACCUGCUUUCGAGGCAGAAGCUACCAAACUAAUUAGAUCUGGCAAGAAGAAAAAUAUACAUUUGCUGUUUGUUUUCAUAAUCCCCGAAAACUUCAAAGGUUGUGUUUCAGGGCAUGGAGCAGAUGUUACUUUAACUGAACCACUGACAAUGGAAAAAAUGAGUAUUGUGGUAAAAUACUGGAAAAAAUAUUUCUCAAAUAUUGUUAAGAAUGAAUCUUCUUUGAAGCCUGAAGAACCUGGAUUACCCAUGCAGAAGUCCUGCAGUGAACACUUGGGAUAUUUUUCUACUGAUAUAUUUGCUUGCUCUGAAUUGCUAAGAAGUGACACUGGGCUUGAAUUAAAGGCUCAAUUGCCAGAUUUUGAGAAAAGCAGAAGGGUUUCUCUUCUUCAUUCAAGCAAGGAAAAGUGGAGAAGAGAACGAAUCAAGUAUUGCUGUGAGCAGCUACGUACUCUGUUGCCAUAUACAAAAGGGAGAAAGAAUGAUGUGGCUUCGAUUCUUGAGGCAACAGUUGAUUAUGUGAAGUACAUCCGGGAGACAAUCCCUCCAGCCGUUAUGGCCCAGAUUACAGAAGUACUUCAGAACAAUACACGGUUUUGUAAGAGACAAGUAUCCAUCCAGCUGUCCCUCCCAGGUCCAGUCGUGGCACAAAGGGAAAAUGAUGUGUUGACAAGCACUUACUCACCUGUGAGAGAGAUCAGAUUCCUGGCUAAUAAGUGUGUGAAUGUGUACUCUGUUCCUGCCUCAGGGGAUGCCCUGGAUAACGCUCUGAGAGGUCAGUCCAGCUCUACUUCAGAGAAUGCAAUCGAUGAUAUGUAUAAAACUCGAAUUCCCAGCAAAGCUCUCUCUCUUAAUUCCUUCCAUGCUGUCAGAUACUAUUCUAAAGUCCCUUCCUAUGAUGCAGCUGCUGUAACAAAUCAGAACAUUUCAGUUCAUUUUCCAUCAGCUGUGCCCAAAGUCUCAAAGUUUAUUCCUGAGCACUGCAAUUCUGUGCUGGGCCAGACGUGCUCAGCACAUCCCAACUGUCUGCAACAGUUUUGGGCAUAUUAAUAGCACAUGUUUGAAAUUCACACUCUAGACCACCUGUUGAGUGCAGUUUGACAAUAAAGGAAGAAUGGAACAAAGAACGAUCUUGAAAGCUACACCCAGAGACCUAAUAUCAAAAGAGUUUGCACUGUAUGGCUUCUGAUAAAUGUGCUAAAAGCUUCUGCAGAUAGAUAGCAAAACUGCUAGCCACUCGCUUUCACUUAAUCUCAUGUAUACUUGGAUCUCCCCCAGCCAGAGCACUAGAAGAACAGAUGGCCUGGUGACCUAGACUUUGUUUUUUCCCCCCUCGAAGAAUAUUCCACAGUAAAUUUAUGACCUGCUACAAAGAAGGUCCAGGUACAGUUGAUAAAUUGGUAAGAUUAGGGAGGUGCUUUGCUACUCCAGCCUCAUUGAGUAUAGAGGUUACAACCUGAUCCCUAUUUUUAGUAUCACUGAAUUACUGUCACUCAUUCUAGGUGGUAUCUUUCUGGAUUUGACGUCUUAGAGAGCUUCCUCCACUAGGCACCAUCCCACCUAAGAUCUCUCAGUUCAACAGAGGUGUUUAUCUCCUUACUUGACCACUAACAAAUAAACUGAUGUGUUUGUUUUUGCAUUUGUAAAUCCCUUGAGUGAAAUGAUAGCUAAUAGGUGGCUUUUUCUUUCUGGAUCUUCAGCUAUAGGCUUUCUUUGUUAUUCAUCUCUUCCUCCCUAUUGAUAUUAGAAAAGGGGAUAUUAGAAAAAACUCCUGAAAAUAAGGGGAGAAAAAUAUUUGUUUUAUAUUUCACAAAAUGUUCUUUUAUUUAUAUAUAUAUAUAUAUAUAUGUGUGUGUGUGUGUGUAUAUAUAUAUAUAUAAUGUUUUAUUGUCAAAGAAAAUACUUAGUUUUGACCCUGAAAAUGGUAGUCCAUUUUUGUUUUGUUUAAUAAAUACGUGUUCCCUUUUUUAGUAGUGCAAUAUAGGGAAUUUAAUUUUACUAGAUUUUUGAGAAGUUUAAAAAUUACUUUAGGCAUAGCCUAAUUUUCAUGUUAAAUUGUAUAACGUUUUUUUCAGGAUGCCAUGAUAAUGGAACCUGUAGAUGUUUGACCAACUUUAUCUUUAUAAAGUAACUACAAGCUUCCAACUAA